CCUCUCUUCAAUUCCGCGGCCAUUGCACACAGAGAAGGCACACCACAGAAAACAGGCAACUGGGAAAUUAAAUCUCUCUAUUAAAUUUACGAUCACUAUCCCAUUUUGGCUUCACACGAAUAAUCUGCAUCCAAAUUAUCCACAAUUUCAUUUAUAAAUAGAAGAUCUCUAACAUUUUAUAUUAUUAUACUGCAAUAAAUUCAAGGAAAAAAAAAAUGCGUUGUUGCUACAGCAGAAGUAGAAGCUUAUCUAGUGUGGCCGCCAUGGCCCCCUCUCUUGUUGCACCAAGCUCUGUGCUGCAGUUGAACCUGUCGUCGGGGUUCUACACCGUCAUCGUCUUUUUCUUCGCCUUUCUCUGCUUCGUCCUUCUUUGGGGCUAUUGCCGCCGCGGCAGCAGCGGUCACCGGACUGCCGCCGCACUCCACGGCCACCGCCUUAUGCAGCAGCUGCAGCACCACCCCCACGGCCGCUUCUUCCCGACCGCGGCCUCGACGCCGCUGCCCUCGAUGCCGUACGGUAGCAUCAAGGGCGUGAGAGCGACGGAGACCGGUAAUCCCCCCGAAGACUGCGUCGUGUGCUUGACGAAGUUUGAGGAGGGGGAGGAGGUGAAGGUGAUCCCGACGUGCGCGCACGUGUUCCACCCGCAGUGCAUCGACCGGUGGCUCGCGCUGAACGACUCGUGCCCGCUUUGUCGGUGUUGCAGCAUAUCGGUCAGCGAGAUGGCCGCUACCGGAGGAAGUACGAAUGGUGGCGGUGGUGGUGGCGGUGGCGGUGGUGGUGGUGAAGAGGAAGAGAGAGAUGUUGUAAGGGAGGAGGAGGUGACAAUGGCCAUGGAACAGAUACAAAUGAUCACAGAGGAACGAGCGAGGCAAAGAACAAUCCCACUGCGCAGUAGAAGCAUAUGAUCAUCUCAAAUUAAACUUGCAAUGGUAAUGAAGUGUGUGUUUCACUAACUACAAAUUUUGACAACGCUCGUGUAUAUGACUUCCUCACUCUUUUAGUUUUUGGAGCUUUUAUUAUGAAAAAAACCUUAAAUAUAACUAUAAAUUGUAAGCUUAAAAACUUCAA